GGGUGCGCGCGCGCUCGCUCACCUUCUCUGGGUGUGUCCUCACAGAAGCCGCAGGUACACGCACUCACUGCUGCAUUUUUUCCUGUCUUUGCCGAGACUCGAACCGUCCAAGAUGGAUCUGCUCCUCUUUAACUUGCUCUUCCUCCUCUCUUCUGUCGGGAUCUGUCUCGGGCAGAGCCCACUGCCGUCCGGGCCGGUGGACGCAAUUUUGGGGAAAAAUAUCACCCUGGAAGUUCUGAUAAAGCUUAACGGGGCUGAUAAUAUUGCUUGGGGUUUCAGUGAUGGAUCAAAAUUGGUCCCUAUACUUGGCUAUUCAGCAGGAAGUGUGAGGGUGAUGGACUCGUACAAGGGAAGGGCCUUCCUUGAUACCACCAAUGGCUACUUGACCUUGACGGGACUGACAGCGAAGGAUAGUGGUGAUUACAGCAUCAACAUCAUUGGAACGCAAAUAGCCUCUGGGGAGAUCAAACUGCGGGUUUUGGUUCCGGUGUCCAACGUCGUGAUUACUCCUGAUGUGACUGAAACCAUGGAGGGAAGAACCGUGUCUCUGAACUGCUCUGCUAAAGGCUCCUUCCUGGAGUUCAUCUGGACCAACGGCUCCAUUCCCAUCACGGUGGACGGCAAUCGCAUCACGCAAAUAACGGCGGAGUUCUCCAACAAGCUGAUCAUCAGGGAUGUACUCAGAUCCGACUUUUCCAAUCCUAUCUUCUGCACGGCGAAAAAUGGGCUGCAGAGCGAGAAGAGCCGUCCCUUGACUCUCACUGUUUUCUACGGACCGGACGUUGUCACCAUAAACCCACCCAACCCUCCAGAAUUCAUCAAGUCCAAGGAUGACUUCAACCUGAGCUGCUCGGCCGCCUCCAAGCCGGACGCCACCUUUUCCUGGUUCUUCAACAACCAGCUGAUCAAGAACAGCGGCGCCGUCCUCACCCUGAAGACCAUCGAAGAAUUGGGCCUCGGGAAGACCGCUGGCGACUACAAAUGCAACGCCGUGAAUUCCAAGACCACAAAUACCAGGAAUUCUUCUGCCGUUAGAUUCUCUGUGAUUGAACCCCUUUCAGGAAUAAAACUCUCUGGUCCAACACAUACCCUGUUCGCGGGCAACACCACAGCUAACCUCAGUUGCCAGGCAUCCGCAGGCAAAGUGAUGAAAACCGUCUGGAUGAUAAAUAACGUCCCUCUUUCGCCGAGUCCCAGAGUGGUGUUCUCAGCUGACAAUAGCUUAGUGACUAUCAACCCAGUCCAGAAAGAGGACAAUGUAAAUUUCAUGUGCAAGUUGGAGAACCCCGUUAGCCAGGAACAAGCAGAAUACAAGAUGGAGGUCAUCUAUGGUCCUGAAGAAGCAUCGAUUUCAGGAGUGAAGGAAGUGGAUCUAAAAAGCUCUGUGAUUCUUAAGUGUUCUGCCGCAUCAAUCCCACCAUCCCGUUUUACCUGGAAGCUCAACGGCUCAGAGAUCUCUGAGAAAACAAACGAGGUCGUCAUCGAGAAGCCCAAGUUCGAAAACUCUGGAACGUACACGUGUGAAGCAAGAAAUCCCUCGACUGGCAAGACCGUCACCUUUUUACAUACUCUUACCGUCAAAGAGGAGAUAGAUGAUGGUCUCUCGGAUGGAGCUAUCGCAGGAAUCGUCAUCGGCUGCCUUUUAGCCUUAGGUCUCGCCCUUGGCCUAUUUUUUUACUGCCGAGCGAAAGUACCCAAAGAGGGGUACACUGUAGGAAAGCGAGGAUCACAGGAGCCAAUUGAGUCACCGUACUGAUAUCCCCGCAUACUGCUGGCCAAAACAUCCCACCAACUUGUUUCCUCAUGAUCCACUCGAGCUUGAAGGAGUGGAUCCUGUUGGGUUCUUCGAAAGUCUUCAACCGAUCAACAUCCCCAACUCUUUUUGGAGUGUAAAUUUGACAAAACAUGGAUUCCUCAAGAUUUGGAUUUUAAAAUUCUAAUUUGGACUGUAUUUAUUUUUUUUUUAACACCCUUCAAGAAAACCGGAAACCACUGGACGAUCUUUUCUUGUUUUUAUUUGGCUCCAUAUGUUGCUAACAAUCAUUGUUUUUUAGAUACCAUGAAAAUGUUUCCUGGAGAAAUGCUGAUGGACUGAUGUUUUACAAUGCGUGACUCUUUUUUUUUUUUUUUGUGCCAGGUGGGUGGAGCUUCAUGAUAGAGAACACUUGAAAUGCAGUGGAGGGUUUUGUUGUUCUUCAGCUGUUUUGACAGAACUUUUCAUUGUGAACACCUAAGUUUAUCCAGUGAUUCCUGCUGUGUGAGACACUGUUUGCCGUCUGCUGAAACUGCUUUCUAAGAAUCAAGUUAAUAUAUUUUAAUACUAAAUUGACAAAAAAGUUUUACAGUUUUUCCUACUUGUUUUUUUUCAGCUUUUCUUUCUACUUUAGGAUUUUAUUUUUCCUCAAUAUUGACUACAUUUUUUUUAAAUAAAAUAAUUUCCAAUUGUUUUUUUUGUUUUUUUUUUACAAAGUUGAACCUAACACAAAAAGAACAAGGGGCUAAAGAAACUUUAAAUGCAUGUAUGUGUUGAAAAAAAUAAAAACAACAAAAAAAGUGAAAUUUUGAUAGUUUUACAAGUUGAAAUGUAAUAGAGUGAGAUAACAAUAUAUAAAAAAAGAAAACAAAUUUUAAUGAUUAAAUGUGACGUUAAGAAACUUAACAUUUAAGAAUUAAAUGACAUCAAAUUAUAUUUAAUUAAACAGUAUUUCAAAAAUUGAGCAAAAAUGAAACAUAUAGGUCAAACAAAACCCAUUUUUGUCCAUUAAAGUAUCCAUACUGACUUAAAUUGUUAAAACAUUGAUCCAAAUUGUACACUAUGUCAUUGUUACCCAACAUAUUCAAUUAAAAAUACUUCAACACGUAUUUGGCUUUAAUUUUCCAGCAUUUCUAAAUUUAUAAAUACACUGAUGAGCUCAAACACUCUUUAAUUAUUUUUACCUAUAACGUUUUAAAAUCAUACCAGUCCUUUAAAUUUAAGGAUGUAUUUGUUUUAUGUGUGCAGGCUGCAAAGUCUUCCAGUAAAAGUGCUACUUUUCAAAGGCACCUAACUUUAUAAAACAAAUAUAAUCACAUAUUUACAGCCUGAAAUUUGAAGUAAUCAAGAUGCUGGUCUCUAAGUAUAUCCCACACAGACUGCAAACUAGUUAUUAUAUAAUUGGAAGUAUUUAUGAAGCUGGUUUACUGCAUGCACUAACAGUAUACAAUAAAAAAAAAAAAACUUUGCAAAAACCCUUUGACUGUAUUCGGGUCUUUCUGAAGCCUGCUGUCCUUGUCUUGUUGUCAUGGCGAUCAUGAGAGGUGUGACAGGAUGAGACGCUAAAGCUGGCGUAUACAAGCCCCAGCACGACAGCAGGGAUUUUCAAGAGAAGAUGAAAUGAGCGGGAAGGUGUUUCAUGGCAACCACAUAGUUUGAGGUUUGCAGGGGUAAAUAUUGAUGAGCUUCGGGCAUCUUCUUUUUUUUAUUAUUUUCAGAAACUUUUCUUUUUCUAAGCAAAAUGAUCACUUUGAAGGGUUAACUACACACCUUGUGCUUGUUUAAAAUGCACAUGAAAAUCUUUUUGUUCAGUUGUGGUUUAUAACUUGCGUUCAGGUGCUUUCCCAUCAGACCUUUUAACUCUUUCACUGCGAGGUUUGUUAUCUCUGUUUGUGUAGAAGGUGGUCAUGUAUAUGUGAGACUUUAACAUGCACUGAUCUCCAACAAGAAAAGUAUUUAUUUUGUUUUUGCUAAAAAAAAUCUUCGCUUUCAUCCGAUGGUGUUGUGGGUUUUAUCAGAGAUUUAACUGGAUCCUAACAAGUUUUUUUUAAAAAUCCCUGACAUCUAUAGUUUGGAAUAGUACAUGGCAAAGAAUGUAUUACUGACAACGCGUAAAUAUGAUGUCUUGUUGUGCGAAACGAGAUGUGGUUUGGUGUUUUAAGACAGUGACUGGGCCUUAACUGAAACUGGCCUAAUUGUAAAUAUUGGAGCUAACGUACUGCAAUGUAAACGACAUUUGUGAACUUUUCUUUGAUGAUUUUUGGGGGUCUUUAAUUUUUUUUUUUUUUUUGUUCAUGUUUAUGUUUACAUUAACUGUUUGUGCCUUAAUAAAAUCUCUGUUCAAAGCCUGAAAGUAAAUGUAAAAUGAAAUGUUUAUCAGGUCAAAAUGAUCUCUUUUGUUGUCAAAGCUAUAAAACAUGGAAAUAUUUUGAUAA